AUGGCUAUUCGAACAAAUUCUCGUUUUUUUGUUAAUGAAAAUCGUGUAUUUCGACAAGUAUUUACAUCAAUAACACAAUAUUUGAAUGAACCAUUAGUUUCUUUUGAAGAAGCAUGUCAGCCAUUAAGAUUUCUUCUCGGUAGAGAAUUAGAAGAAAAUAUGAAUAUUUCAAAAUCACAUUCAACAUUUCCAGCUGAUAAUUUAACUAUCGAUGAAUCAGCAUCGAUUUAUUUAUUUACUAUGGAAUGGCAAAUAAAAGAAGAUAGUUUAUAUGCUAAACUUAAUCAAACAUUACGAGAAGGUAAUCAAAUAAAUUUGCGUGUAUGGCGUAAAUAUUUAAAAUUAUUAUUAACUGCUUUUUUAAAAUUACCUUCACUUGAAAAUCAAACAAUAUGGCGAGUUGUACGAGCAAAUGUAUCUAAUGAUUACAAUCAAAAUGAUGAAAUAACUUGGUCAGGAUUUAGUUCUUGUACAAGUUCUAUUGAAGUUCUUGGAUCACCAGCAUAUUUAGGUCAAACAGGUACACGAACAUUAUUUUCAAUUGAAUCAUCAUGUGGAAAAUCGAUUCAUGCACAUUCAUAUUUUUCUGGUGAAAAAGAAAUUCUUUUACCACCUGGAACAAAAUUUAAAGUUAUUAGUAAAAUGAAUUUAAGUAAUAAUUUUUGCAUAAUUCAUUUACAAGAAAUAUCAUCACCCUUUCCAAAACCAAUUCCACCAAUGAAUAUUAAUCAUUCAAAACAUUCGUUAAAAAAAACUAUUAAACGACCAUUUAAAAAACUAUAUGAAAAAGUUCGAAUUACAGAUGAUCAUAUUCGACAGAUGUUCACAUUAUUAUGUCGGGAACAACGAAUGUUUGGUAUCGAAGGUUUUUAUAAUCAACUAAAUUCUGUAAGGGAUAAUCCAAAUAAUGCAAUUAUUCUUAGAUCUAUGAAUGAUUCAAUUAAUGGAACAUAUGAUCUUAUUGGUUCAUUUUCUGCUAAUACUAUGUUUGGAGAUAUAAAUGUUACACUUCGUAUUAAUGAAUCAACACUUUCUUAUGUUCAAAUUUCAACACUUACUAUAUCUGGUAAGACUAGAAUUUCAAUUAUUGGAUCAAUGAAUUCGAUUGUUAUGUCUUCAAUGCAUGAAUCGAAUUCAGGUAAUAUUCGUAUUCAAUAUCCAGAGAAUUGGAAUGGAUUUAUUCAAUGGCAUACUAUUAAUGGGAAUAUAAAUAUUGAUAAUAAUAUCAAUUUAAUUGAAAAUCAAAGAAAUUCUUUCGAAGGAAUCAGAGGAAACGGUCAUAAUGUAAUUAAUAUUAAAACACUUAGUGGAAAUGGAAAAUUGACUUUUUAA